UGCCACCAUAGAUGCAUUCUUGGAACCAAGGUUUAAAAUUUUUUUUUUUGGGGUAAAAUAACAAGGUUUUCAAUGAACAUAUCGUAUAGGCAGCUCUUUAAUUUUCAAAAUACAAAUAUAUCAAGGUACAAGAUCAAAUACACCGUAACAUAAUAGCUUUUGAAGUCCAAAGUAGUACUAUUACCUCAAAGCUAUAUAGCAAAGUUAUCAUGAAUGUUGUAAAUGUGCACAACCAUCAUCCAAUGCAAAGAAUCUGUCCAAAUACCAAACUCUAAAACCGCAACCAACUUUGAAUUGAAUGAUGAAUUAAGCGAAUAUAUAGUAUCCCUGGUCUAUAAGCUGAACCAAUCAUCGGAAAACCCUCCAUCUACCGUCACACUUGUCUUGCAAAGGACUGUUGCUGUUAGUGUAUAUAUCUGUUGCAUCACCAAAAAUUAAGCAUCUAAGAUUUACUUGGCUAGUAGUGUUUUUGUUCUUUGAAGAAAAUGAACCAAUCCCAGAAUACAAGCUUCCAAGCUGGCGAGGCUAAGGGCCAAACUCAGGAGAAGACCAGCCAGAUGGCAGACAAGGCUAGGGAUACUGCACAAUCUGCUAAAGAAUCAUGCCAAGAGGCUGGUCAGCAGAUGAAGGCUAAAGCACAAGGGGCAGCUGAUUCCUUGAAGGAUUCAAUGGGGAUGAACAAAUGAAACUGCCGGUUGAUCCCACCACACCCUACCCUGGGGCACUUUGAGCUUUUGAUUUUUCUGUUUCUUUUGGCAACAUUUUCUUCAUUUUGCUCAUGUUUCCUUCGAGCUACUUAGAAGUGGUAAGAGAUAAUAGGAAAAGUUUCCUAUUUCUGCCCAGAAUAGAAUAAUACAAACGAUCCAGUUGCUAGAAAAACUCUUGUCCAUUUGUUGCUUUUAAUAACCCAUGGGACAAAUUAUUCAAAACAUA